AUGGCACCGAACGGCAGCGGUGAAGAAGAAGCGGCGGCGGCGGCGGCGGUGCGCGUGAUCGGAGGGUGGGCGAGCCACUACGCCAUCCGCGUGUACGUGGCGCUGAAGCUCAAGGGCGUGGAGUACGAGUUCUUGCAGGAGGUGGUCGGCAACAAGAGCGAGCUGCUGCUCCAGUCCAACCCGGUGCACAAGAAGAUCCCGGUGCUUCUCCACCACGGCAAGCCCGUCGCCGAGUCCAUGAUCAUACUCCAGUACAUCGACGAAGUUUGGGUGUCCAGUAACAGGCCAGCCAUCCUUCCCGCCGACCCCUAUGAACGUGCUGUCCAGCGGUUUUGGGCACAGUACGUAGAUGACAAGAUUGCCCCGGCAUUCCUUGUCCUGAGAGGGCUCACCAACGGAGACAAGGACGAAGCAGCAGAGCAAGUGUCCACUGCCCUAGAGCAUCUGGAGGAGGCUUUCGUCAAGUGCAGUCAAGGGAAGCACUACUUCGGCGGCGACCGCAUCGGCUUCCUGGACCUCGUUCUGGGCUCACACCUUGGCUGGUUCAAGGCGGUGGAGAAGAUAUCUGGUAUCAAGCUCCUCGAAGAAGCCAAGUACCCUGAAUUCACAGCAUGGGCAGACCGCUUCUGCACCCACCACGCUGUGAAAGACGUCAUGCCUGAAACCGACAAGCUCGUAGAGUUCAGCACCAGUUCUGCCGUGAAGGCUAAACCUACCGAUUAA